AUGAGCCCGGGUCGCAUGGAGAAAGACCCCAAGAUUCCGAAACUUGAAGGCUCCAAGAACUACAAGACUUGGAGAGCAACCUUGCGCAUGUACCUCGAAUCACUCUCACUUUGGGACAUCGUCUCAGGCCAUACAACUCAACUCCAAAAGCCUAACAUCCUCGAAGAAUACCUCGAUGAAGAUGGCGAAUUCAAAGACUCAAAGAUUUAG